UUGUUAUGUUUUGACUAUAGUUAUGGAUGUCCUACCUCUCUCCUGCUCUGGUCCGGAAAGGCCUUGAACUGACAUUGAAAAGCCUGAAGCUGGAUUACAUUGAUCUAUUCCUUAUCCACUGGCCUACAGGGUUAAAGCUAAGUGAAGGUGUGCUGUUUCCUAAGGAUGCAAGUGGAAACCUUCUAUACAGUGAUGUGGAUUUCUGUGAAACCUGGACGGUGAUGGAAUCCUGCAAAGAUGCUGGUUUAGUGCGAUCUAUCGGAGUGUCCAACUUUAACCACAAACAGCUAGAAACAUUGCUCAGGAUGCCCAAGCUGAAAUACAAGCCGGUGUGUAACCAGGUUGAAUGUCACCCAUACUUGAACCAGAGCAAACUUCUGAAAUACUGUAAAUCCAACAAUAUUGUUCUCGUGGGCUACAGUCCUUUGGGAUCAUCGCCAGAUCCUAAGUGGUUCAACCCAAACAAUCCCAUCCUUUUGAACGACCCCGAGCUGAGAAAGAUUGGUGAGAAACACAACAAAACAGCAGCUCAAGUAGCCCUCCGUUAUCAGAUACAACGUGAUGUUGUCAUUAUUCCAAAGAGUUUCAAUCCUGGACGGAUGAAGCAGAACAAAGAGAUCUUUGACUUCCAGCUGACAGAUGAAGAGAUGAAAGCUAUUGAUGGAAUAAACAAAAACUGCCGCUAUGUAAUUGUGAAACAGUUAAUUGAUCACCCUAAAUAUCCAUUUCACGAGGAAUAUUAGUGAGAUCUGCAGGUGAUGGAAUCUCUCACUGAUGCAACAUUCCUAAGUGGAUAUGUCAAGAGCAAAUUUUAAAUACCCUGGAGAAAAUAUUUUGACAUAAAGAUCAAUAAAAUAUAAGCAUUGUUAGAAA